AUGACGACCGGCAACUUCCGCUACCUGGACCCUGCGACACUGGGCGGCGCCGGCAGCAAGCCCUGGGCCAAGGUCGACACGGACGUCACCUCCUUCACACGCACAGAGCGCCGGCGCUCCGUCGCCAACAUCCGCGACGCUGGCGAGGACUUCGGCACCGACGUCUCCGGCUUCGCAGUGCACAACGCCCCGGCCACGGAGAAGGACUUCACCGACGACGCCGCCGUUCGGAGCGGCUACUACCCCGAGGUCGAGGCGCUGCUGCGCGCCAAGCUGCCCGGCGUGAAGAAGGUCGUCAUCUUCGACCACACCAUCCGCCGGAGGGUCAAGGACAGCCCGAGGCAGCCGGUACAGCAGGUGCACGUCGACCAGACGCCCGCCGCCGCCGAGGCGCGUGUGCGGAGGCACGUCCCCGGUGACGAGGCCGAGGAGCUCCUGAAGGGACGCUACCAAAUCAUCAACGUGUGGAGACCCAUCGGCCACCCUGCGAGCGACUUCCCGCUGGCCGUGAUUGACUGGCGGUCAACGGAGCCAAAGGAUCUCAUCGCCGUGGACUUGCUGUACCCCGCGAGGACGGAUGCGGACGACGACGACCGCGGCAAGGAAGUCCUCCCCGACCCGAGCCGGGCGCAGUCCACCGAGGGCUAUCAAGUAAAGGGCGAAACCUUUUCUGUUGCGCCGAGCGACAAGCACAAAUUAUACUAUGCCAAGGAUAUGACGCCCGACGAGGCCAUGUUCAUCAAGUGCUUCGACUCGCGGAGCCAGGGGCGGCCCGGAGGAAAGCCGGGCGUCGCGGACUACACGCCGCACACUGCCUUCGUCGACCCCAACACCCCCGCGGACGCCAAGGGGCGGCAGAGCAUCGAGGUCAGAUGCUUGGUGUUCUACGAAUAG